GACUCAUCCCCUUUGAGAAAAAUUGAUGACAAAGCUUGAAAUUUCUUCUUCUUUUCUUGUUAAAUAACAAUAUUUGGGGCUUAGAACUCUCAUUAAACCCAGAAUUUUCCCAGAUCUACUCAGUGUCUCUUCCUCCCCUGUCCGUCGGGUUCUGCUGGGUGUGAACCUUCGGCUUUUCUGAUGGCGCCGACUUCUUCUCCCUGCCAGCUCUGGUUUGCUUGCUGGAAUUCUGGAGCCCAGAACUGGGUUCCGCGCAGGAACCCGAACUGGGUUCCUCGCGGGGAACCCAGAUCUGGGUUCCCGCGCAGGAACCCAGUUUCUGGGUUCCUCGCGUGGAACCCAGUUCGGGUUCCUGCGCGAGGAACCCAGAACUGGGUUCCCCGCGAGGAUGGUGAAGAUGAUGCCGAGGAUGAGGGGAGAAAGAAAAAAAAAAUGCCAUUUAUGUAAUUGUUUGGAAUUUUGUUAAUUAGGCUGUUGUGAUGUUUUGGAGAGAAAAUCCCGUGUGUGUGCGUUGUGGUUUGCCAAAGCCAUGCUCUCCUGCCCGUUUGAUCGUUCUGUCACCGUAGCACUUGGGUUAAGCCUUUUGUUUUGUGCGAGUGAGGUAAGUAAAUUAUGGUAAAGCCCUUCGAUUUUAAAGCAUGUUUUAAAUUGUUUUUGAGAUGGUGGCAAGAUUUAAAUUGAUUUUAUCAGCAUCUGAGUGUGAUUAAACUGAAAUGAAAAUUGUGAUGAUUUUUAUGAAAAUUAUUAUUUUCUGGAAUUGAGCAAGAUUGGAAUGAAAAUGAGAAUUUCAU